AUGGCCAUGCUGACAAAGAAUCUUACAAUCGUCGAUGAUGGCGGUGUUUACGAGAUUAGCAGCAACGAAGAAUUCCGGGAUUUGCUCGAAUCCUUGGAAACCAAAUAUUUGGAGAAUGUGGAGACGGGGCGUCGAGUGAUUGGAUUCUUGUCACUUGUGGAUGGUGCUAGCUACACUACCGCUAAUCGCAAUAAUAAUAAUACACCAAUCAUAAUAUCUACAGACGAAUCAUCCUCAGAUGACCAGGAGCGAUCGCAAGAUGAGGAGGAGUACGAUGACGAGGAGGAGGAUGAUGAUGAUGAACUCGAAACGCAAAUGGCAAUUUCGGAACAAGACAGUGAUAAUCUUCCAAAAUCAAGAGGCAAAAGUGGUGCAACAGCGAAGAACCAAGUCGCUAUCGCGAAACGAAAUGGCGUAGUACCAAAGGCCAUUGUGGUACGGCGAGCAAGUAGUUGUACGACUGAUGUCAAGAGGAAAGCGAGGAACUCAUUGGGUCAAAAGAAGCAGCAACACAUGGAGCGAAGUUUAAAGAAGCAACUUGACAUUGCUAGUAAGCUCGUAAAAUCAGGAAAUGAGUUGGCCAAACAAGGCAAGCUUGUUGGUGCAAUGAAUGCCUAUCGAAAGGUUCUCAAGAUUCGAUUAAAGGUCCUUGGUAAGCACCAUCCCAACGUGGCAACUGCCUUUAGCAAUCUCGGCAGCAUCCUCUAUGUACAAGGUAAAUAUGAAGAAGCCACGAAUAUGUAUGGAAGGGCACUCAAAAUCCAGUUGCGAAUCCAUACUAGUAGUGGAAGCAAAUGUCAUCCGGAUGUCGCCCAACUGUGUUACAAUCUUGGCAAAUCGUAUCAGCAUCAACCAACCAAGGAGGAAGACUCCCGAAAGGCAUACGAAUUUGCACUUUCCAUUUAUUUGAAAACAAGUGGCGAGGAUUGUGGGAAGGUAUCCGAGAUUCGAAAGAGUCUGACAGCGUUGUAA